UUUUUGGCAACGCACUUCGGAGAGAACGUCCAAUGGAAGCAAGAUCUGUGUUACGUGUGCUUGUUCCAUGCCCGGGAAACUAAACCUCGGAAAAUAGGGAAUAUUGACUUCAUUUCGAUGACUACGGAACGAGAGAAGGCAUCGACGUGCAGAAGCUAUGUCCAUGGCACAGAGACAGCAUUCGAGAAAUCAGCCGUUCGCCUCGCGUCGAGGGAUGGAAGCGAUGGCGAAGAAGAACAAGAGCAAGUUAAAUCCACGCACCGCGACGUGCGGUCGGUUCACGACCACGCGACAAGGAGAGCAGCUUUCAAGAAGAUUGCAACAUGGAAGCGCUUCAUAUUUCAUAGACCACUACGGCCAACAGAAUUCCUGCUUCGGGCGCCAUUACGGCAGGCAAAGCACCGCCUGGCUAAUGCACUAAUUGAGGCCUUGCGCCUGUUUACGGGCCUGUGCGAUGUGGCGUGAGCGGUGUGGGAAUAUGGCUACAGAAUUGCUCUGAUCAUAGUAUUUAGAGGAAGUAUUAUGUUGGAUAUAAUAGGUUUUCUCUAUGAAGUUGUUAGUGUUAUGGAUUUGACUUCAUAUGUUUUGGUCAGCCGUAUGGGAUGGUGUUCAGAACGCAAAGGGGGUGAAAUUGCUGGCCCGGAGAGCAGCCACUGGGGCCACCGGUGCGGUGUCGCGCCCCGCCACGCCUCGCCACGCCCCUCGCCCACGCCGUUCCGCGACCUGUCCGGGGGCUGCGCCUGCAACAAGUUCCCAACUGCUGAAGUUCGUCCGCCCAAUGCUCUAACGGUGCCCUGGCGUGCGUGGGCGCGUGAAGGACGGGGUGACGGCGAGGGCGGUAGCGAAAGUGCGGCUGCGGUGGAGGCCGAGUCUGCGGCGUCGCUCGUCGAAUCCGCUGACUCGCGAAGUCGUUUUAAAAGCCGCAACGCGGGCGGGGACGGCGCGGGCGAUGAGGGCGUGUGGGCGAGGGCGUCCCAGCUGCAACAGCAGCAAAACGCCGCCUCAAAGGGCUCCAAUUACGCGAGUGAGCACGGUGCCAUCCCGUCUAAGGAUCCCUGA